AAGCUGGAUACAAAUUUCCUCGGCAAGGUAGGGGAAGCAGGGAAGGGAACUCUCAGCAUCCGAGAGAAAAAUUUGCAACAGUCAGCACUGAGUCCUUGUUGACUGCUCACAUUUUCCAUCGUUGAGACCAGAACAACUAAAACACUUCCAACAUGGCGGACGAUGAGAGAAAGAAACUGGAGGAGGAAAAGAAGAGGAAACAGGCCGAAAUUGAACGCAAAAGGGCCGAGGUCAGGGCUCGUAUGGAAGAGGCCUCAAAAGCCAAGAAGGCCAAGAAAGGUUUCAUGACCCCUGAGAGAAAGAAGAAACUUAGGUUACUGUUGAGAAAGAAAGCCGCCGAAGAAUUAAAGAAAGAACAAGAACGCAAAGCAGCCGAAAGGAGGCGUAUCAUUGAAGAAAGGUGCGGUAAACCCAAACUUGUCGAUGACGCAAAUGAAGCUGAGCUACAAACGGUUUGUAGAGGUUAUCAUGAGAAAAUUGCCAAACUUGAAGGGGAUAAAUAUGAUUUAGAAGUUAUCGAACGUAUCAAAGCCCAGGAGAUCUCCGAAUUGAACAGCCAAGUAAACGACCUUAGAGGCAAAUUCGUCAAACCAACCUUGAAGAAGGUAUCCAAAUACGAAAACAAAUUCGCCAAACUUCAAAAGAAGGCAGCUGAAUUUAACUUCCGUAACCAACUCAAAGUUGUCAAGAAGAAAGAAUUCACCUUAGAAGAAGAAGACAAAGAAGGGCCAUCGUACCUACUCAUUUUCUAGGGGAGAAAAGUCUAAACCCCAACGACCUAACUUGUAAGUUAGAUGUAGCUAAAAUUAAUAGAAAUCUUUAACACUGUCGUUGCCACUUUAUUAUUAAUAUUCUCUUAGGAUUCUCGAGUAGCCUCUCUUUAGUUAUGAGUUGUUAACCUUGAUGAACAGAAAAAAUAUCUACGACUAGAGUUUGCUAGAAUAUGAGUUUAUUUUUCGCAGACUAAGAAAGCUGAUAAAGCUGAGUGGCAGACGAAGAAAUGAACUAACUACAUAGUUACUCGCCGUUAUUUUUUUGAAUUUUACAUGUUUCGACUUUUUUGGAUUAUACACACACUACACUAAUAAAAUUUUAAAACUCUA